GCAGUAUAAAAGGCAACGGCUUGACGUCUGAUGCAUCUCAGUCGAUCUCAGUCUAUCUUCAACAUGUUUUCUAAGACCGCCGUCGCUCUCGCCCUUGUGGCCGUCGCUUUGGCUGCUCCUUCACAACCUUCCUACGACUACUCUCCUCCGGAAACCUAUGACUCUCCUGCUAAGUACGACUUCAACUACGCUGUCAAGGACGACUAUUCCGGAAACGACUUCGGUCACCAGGAAGCACGCGACGGAUACAACACACAGGGAUCCUACUUCGUCCUCCUUCCCGACGGUCGUCUGCAGAAGGUCGCCUACACUGUCAACGGCGACUCAGGCUACGUGGCUGAGGUCAGCUACGAGGGUGAGGCCCAGUACCCCGAGUACCAUCCUGCUCCUGCCCUGCUCCUGCCUACAAGCCCGCCCUGCUUACAAGCCCGCCCCUGCCUACAAGCCUGCCCUGCCUACAGCCUGCCCCUACCUACGAACCCGCCCCUGCCUACGAGCCCGCUCCCACUUACACCCCUACCUACGAGCCCGCCCUACACUUACGCCUAA